AUGUUAGUGCCGCUCCCCUGGCUGUGCUCCGAAUGUUCCUCCGCCGCCGAGGACGAUAACUCCGCAGCCUGCGGCGGCGGUUAUAGAGAUGGCAUUGCUGGAGCCACCCCUGGCUCUAGCCCCUUGUCAUCCUCAAACUCUGUCUCAGCCUUCGAUGAUGCGAUAUCUAUUCCCUCUCUUCUCCGCCUCCUUCCUCUGCAUCUCCUCCAUCACCAGCAACUCCUCUGCCGCCACCGCCGCACUCAUGCCUCUGCAACCUCCUUCCUCCUCUAUUCCGCUACUGAAUCCACCCUCUCCGUCUACGACCUCUCUGACCUUCGCCCCAUCGAAUCCCUCCCCGCACCUUCCGGCGCCGGCGCCGCUAAAUCCAUCUCUAUCUCCCCCGACGGCUCCGCCCUCUUCACCGCCCAUCAAGACGGCCGCAUCCGCGUAUGGAACCGUUCAUCCCGGUCCGGCCUUCAUCGUCUCGUGACCUCCCUCCCCACCACCGCUGAUCGCCUCCGCCGAUUGCCCCUUCCAAAAAACUACGUCACCAUCCGCCGCCACCACAAGCGCCUCUGGAUAGAGCACGCCGAUGCUGUUUCCGGAAUCGCCGCCGACGCUUCCGGCCUCCUCUACUCUGUUUCUUGGGACAAAACCCUUAAAGUCUGGUCGGUCUCCGGCCUCCGCUGCCUGGAAUCCGUAUCGGCGCACGAGGAUGCCGUGAACGCCAUAGUGGUCGCGGCCGACGGCACCGUUUACACGGGGUCGGCUGAUCGGAGGAUCCGUGUUUGGACGCGACCAGCUGGAGCGAAGCAGCACGAGCUGAUUGCAACGCUUGAUCGACAUCGGUCGGCGGUGAAUGCGCUAGCGCUGAGCGGUGAUGGUUCGGUUCUGUAUUCCGGCGCUUGCGACCGGUCGGUUUUGGUGUGGGAGAGGAACGAGAAGGCAGAUUACAUGACGGUCACCGGCACUCUUCGGGGUCACGAGAGGGCGAUUCUUUCCCUCGCUUGUGCCGGCGAGAUUGUCGUGAGUGGCUCUGGUGAUGGAGUUGUGAGGGUUUGGAGGAGGGACGGGAUUAGAAGAGCGUACAGUUGCCUCGCGGUGAUGGGUGGCCACACGAAGGGCGUGCGAUCGCUUGUGGCGGUGAUGAUGCCAGGUUCCGGCAGGGACGGGGGAGGAUCCGGUGAUGACGAGGAGUACAGAGUUUGUAGCGGCAGUUUGGAUGGGGAGAUUAGGGUUUGGCGGGUUCGUGUCUCCUCCUUGUAAAGUUUAAUUAGGAAUUAAUCCCGGAGCUGGUCCUCUGAUUGAUUUUUGAUUGUUCGUUAACGGGCGGAGGAGCAGAAAUUCGUGAUUAUUAUUUUUUUAGUUUUUUUUUUUCCUUUUCUGACUGUAUCGUGGGGUUUUGAUUGCGAUGCACUUCUUAAUGCUUAUGAUAUGAAGUUUCACAGGAACUUCUUGGUCUUUAA